AUGGAGGAUCCCUUUGGCCCCGGCCCUCUGUCGCCAGUCCCUAACCUCUCCAUCUCCAUCCCGCUGGGACGGGGUUUUAAUCUGUCGUCUGUGGGGGACUCUGGCGCUGGGAUGUUGCCCCAACCUCCCGCUCCUCCAAGCCGCAAGGUCCGGCUCGUUUCCCUGGGGAUAAUCUUAGUGGUGGCAGUGGUGGGAAACGCCGUGGUGCUCUGUACGUUGUGCGGCAGCGGCGGCGGACCUUGGGCCGGCCCCAAGCGUCGGAAGAUGGACUUUCUGCUAGUACAUCUGGCCCUGGCCGACCUGUAUGUGUGCGGGGGGACCAUGCUGUCGCAGCUGGCUUGGGAGCUGCUGGGGGACACUCACAUGGUAGCGGGAGACCUGGCCUGCCGGGUCGUCAAGUUGCUGCAGGUGUCUGCACUCCUGGCCUCCUCCAACAUCCUUGCCCUCAUCUGUCUGGAGCGACAUCGGGUGGUGAGCCGGCCCUUGGGCCCGCCCUUGCCCACGCGCGCACUAGCCGCCCUGAGUUGGCUGCUGGCGCUGCUCCUUUCCUUACCCCAGGCCUUCGUGGUCCACGGUGGGGCUACAGCCGGACUCCCCGACGGCUACAGCAGGGUUCCCGCCUUGCCCUCGGCUGCGUUGAUGCCUAGCUACUCGCUGGCUGCCUCACAGAGCCCACCGGGGCCUCAGGCUUCUGCCGGGGCAUGGUCAGGGGAGCGCCGGUGCCGAACCAUCUUUGGAGCUCUGCCUCGUUGGCACCUGCAAGUCUACACAGUGUAUGGGACCGUCGCGGGCUUCUUGGCCCCUCUCGCUAUUCUGGGCGUCGCCUGCGGCCGCCUGCUCCAAACUUUGUGGCAUCAGCGACCCCAGGCACCAGCUUCUGCCGCCUGGUCCCCCUAUGUCUGGGAGGCUGGCCACUGCAGAGUCCGGGCCCGAAGCGCCCUCCCUCCUGCCAAGGUGCAAAGCCUGAAGAUGACCUUGGUGCUGGCCCUGCUCUUUGUGGUCUGCGAGCUGCCCUACUUCGCAGCAGAGCUGGCGGCCGCUUGGUCGUCCGAUUCCCGGGGCGAAGAGCAGGGCGAGGGCCUGGCCUCUGCGCUGGGCAUCGUGGUGGUCACCAAUAGCGCCCUCAAUCCCUACGUUUACCUUUUCUUCCAAAUUGGAGAUAGCCGGUUGCGGCGGUUAUGGAGGAGGCUGGGCACUAUCUGCUGCUGUGAUCACUGCCCGAAGAAAGAAGGGGAUGACGAAGACGAGGUGGCUCGGGGGCACCAGCCACUCCACCGGCACCGUUGGCCCCACCACCACUAUCAUCACCAUCACCGUGGAGAACAUCCCGGAGCUUUCAUGACAGAGGGCUCUCCUCACCCAGCCCUACCACCAGCCCCCAAGCACCUCCCCUGCUCCUGUGAAAGCGCCUUCUAG